AUGAAAUAUAACAUCUCCUUGCUAGUACUUGUCAGUGCGUUCUUAAGCUCUGGGAAUGCACUGAUACGAAAUGGAAACAACCCGCAAGCUUUGGUUCCGGAGAAAAAUUAUAACCAAAAUGAAAACCCAAAUAAUGCAUUUAACAAUAAUGAAUACUCAUGUGAAAAUCAAAACAUGGCAGAAGAAAUGAUGGAAAAGUUGAUGAAUGAAAAAGAUGUAUUUAGCUCUAUUAUGGAACCAUUACAGAAUAAAUUAACCGAUGAUCAUUUAUGUACAGAGCCAAAAUAUACGAACAUUUGUAUUCAUGCAAAAGAUAAGGUUCCUUUGACCUUCCCCUGCACAAGUCCCCAAUAUGAACAAUUAAUACAUCGAUUUACGUAUAAAAAAUUAUGCAAUUCUAAGGUGGCUUUUAGUAAUAUAUUACUCAAAUCCUUCAUUGAUAAAAAAAAUGAAGAAAAUACAUUUAACACAAUAAUUCAGAAUUACAAAGUUUUAUUAACUUGUGUUGAUGAUGACUUAAGAGAUAUUUAUAAUUCAUCUAUAGAAUUAUUCUCCGAUAUAAGAAACUCUAUCACAGAAAUAACAGAAAAAUUGUGGUCUAAAAAUAUGACCGAUGUUUUAAAAACAAGAGAACAAACAAUUGCAGGAAUCUUAUGUGAAUUAAGAAAUGGAAAUAAUUCAAGCUUAGUAUCAAAUAGUAUAUCAUAUGAAAAUUUUGUAAUUCUCAAGGUCAAUAAUGAGGAACUACUAAAUCAAGCAUAUGCAGCGUUUUCAGAUUAUUAUUCAAAUUUCCCCCCCUUUGCUAUAAACUUGUUAAAAAAAGGUGGAUUCGUUGAACGAUUAGUGUCUAUACACGAAAGUUUAACCAAUUAUAGAACUAGAAAUAUAUUGGAGAGAAUAAAUCAACAAGCAAAAAAUGAGGUUCUCAACAAUGAGAAUAUUAUGCAUACUCUGAGCAAUUACAAGCAUCACGGCGUGAGCCAUAGGGGUUCCUUCCUCCAGGGGAACGGAUUAAGGGAUGUUCCCUCCGCUACUUCCAGUGGAACCGAAAAUGAUAGUAAGAAUGCCAACGAUGGAGAAACCGAGAAUGAUAACAAAAAUUCUAACACGAAUUCCAACGGAAAUUCCACUGUAAACCAGAACAGAAAUGCUAAUGCUAACUCGAAUACAACUUCUGCACCAGGUUCUUCACAAACAUCUACCCCUGCUUCUUCACAAACUUCUGCACCAGGUUCUUCACAAACAUCUACCCCUGCUUCUUCACAAACUUCUGCACCAGGUUCUUCACAAACAUCUACCCCUGCUUCUUCACAAACAUCUACCCCUGCUUCUUCACAAACUUCUACACCAACUUCUGCACCAGCUUCUGUACCAACUUCUGCACCAGCUUCUGUACCAACUUCUGCACAAACUUCUGUACCAACUUCUGUACCAACUUCUGCACAAACUUCUGUACCAACUUCUGCACAAACUUCUGUACCAACUUCUGCACAAACUUCUGUACCAACUUCUGCACAAACAUCUGCACCAACUACGGGACCAAAUGACGAAACACGUAGCAUCAAAACUACCAAUGCAGUGCAAAGCAAAAGAACAACCUCUCCCACCUCCUUUAACAACCCCUUGUAUGACACUGCUUCAUUAAAGCCAAAGAAUGUGGCAGUGUUAAUAAAAGAUUUACUAAAGGACAUAAAUAUUAUCAAGUUUGAGAAAGAUGAACCAACUAAUGAAAUAGAUGCAGAAGGAAUUAAAAAGCUCAUAGAAAGUUCCUUCUUUGAUUUGAGUGAUAAUACUAUGCUAAUGCGUUUGUUAAUAAAACCACAAGCGUCUAUCUUAUUCAUAAUUCAGUCUUUUAUUAUGAUGACACCCUCUCCAACAAGAGAUGCAAAAGCAUAUUGUAAGAAAGCUUUAGUCAAUGGUCAGUUAGUUGAAAAUAGGGAUUUAAAUACAAUGUCAGAAGAAGAUGACUUAAUUAACAAGUUCGCUAGCAAGUACAAUUUAUUAUAUGAGAAAUUAAAAUUGGAAGAAUUGAGAGAAAUUGAGCAGAAUAAAAAAGCGUUAAAAAGUUCAAAUACAAAUUUAUCAGCGCUACAAGUUCGUAAUACUAUGAAUAGUGAAAAUGGGAAUGGUAACGAUCGAAAUGGUUCUCCAUUAAUUGCAAUAGUUGGUGACGCACAAGGAGAAAAAACAGAUGACAUCAUUAAAAAUAAUAUAGAUGUCUCGGCUUUAUCAGCCGACGUAGAACAAGCCUUUAAAACCCUUGAAGCUAAAGGUGGAAGUUUCUCAGCAAACUUAUCGUAUGUCAUCAUGAUCAUUUUUUCCUUUUCCUUACUACUAUUUAUUUGUUAA